GCUUGGGGGCGGCAUCUGUCCGUGUCCUCGCGCCUUCUCCUGGUGGCGGGAAAAGUAGCUCGAGGUGGAAGGGAUGUGCGGGAUGGCUGCGACAGCGUUAGCUGCGCCUCACCUUUAGGUCCUCGUCGCCCCCGAAGGCAAAGGAAUGUAUAAUUUCUGAACUGAAUUAUGGCAGCAUUGCAGAAUCACAAAGAAUAUGAAAAGGGAACAAAGAAAACCUUUGCUCCACCUACACAAAAAUCACAUAUUGAGAAACCUCAGCCCAACUCAUGGAAGGAGGAUACCCAGGGGACCAGUUCUCCAGAGGCAGAGACCAAGCCAAGCCUACUCAAAGCCAGCUUAAAGAAGGAGCAGAAGGCGACCACAGACCGUGGUCCAAGCAGGGGCCAGGAGAAAAAGCGAAAGGCUCAGGACCAGCCAGCCGAGAAGAAAGGGAAGGAAAAAACUCUUACCAAUGCAGAAUUUGAGGAGAUUUUCCAGAUUGUACUACAGAAGUCCCUGCAGGAGUGCUUGGAGACUUCCUGUGUCCAGCGCACCAGACCUUCCAAAUUGGACAAAGAACUGGGCAUUGCGCCUUCUGCCACUGAUAAGGAAAAUGCUGAUCCAGAGAAAGUAAUAACUCCUGAUACUUCAAAGACUGCAUCUUCUGUAGAAGAGGAAGUGAGUUCUGAGAUGGGGACAUCUACACUGGGCCAGCCAGUUACUGAACCCUCUAAGAAGAAAUUUAAUAGACUCUCUUUAAGCAAACAAAAGAAGAAGGCUGAAGAUGAGAAAAUGGAGAAGAUCCAAGAUGGACGUGAGUGCAGUCUCAAAGAGAAACAGAAGAUAAUGAUUCAGGACCAGUCUCAGAUCAGAGGCCACCAGAAAGAAGAGGAAGGUGGUUUUGGACACUGUGUCAUCUGGGUCCAGUGUUCCUCUCCAAAGUGUGAGAAGUGGCGGCAGCUACCUGGAAACAUUGAUCCCUCAGUUCUCCCAGAUGACUGGUCUUGUGACCAGAAUACAGAUCUGAAUCACAAUCGCUGUGACAUUGCUGAGGAGAGCUGGGCAGGCUGUGAGAGUGAUGUGGUCUAUGCCUCCUACGUUCCUGGAUCCAUCAUCUGGGCCAAGCAAUACGGUUACCCAUGGUGGCCAGGCAUGAUAGAAUCUGAUCCUGACCUGGGGGAGUACUUUCUGUUUGCUUCUCCUCUUGAUUCCCUGCCGUCUAAGUACCAUGUGACAUUUUUUGGAGAAACAGUUUCUCGUGCAUGGAUCUCGGUCCGCAUGCUGAAGAACUUCCAGGAGCUGUCUUUGGAGCUAGCUAAGGUGAAAAAAUACAAGAACAAGGAGUCCAACCAGAAGCUGGAGGCAGCCAUAGUGAUGGCUCACAGGGCGGAACAGACCAGUAUUCAGGAGCGGGUUAACUUGUUUGGUUUCUGGAGUCGAUACAAUGGAGCUGACAUCAGUGGGGAAGGGAAAGGUUUGAUGCUCUGUGAGUCCAAUGACUCUGAGUCUUGUCUGGAGAAGGAAGAGAAGGACUCUGAGGAGGAGAAGGAGGAGAAAAAAGAGAAGAAAGUAAAGCGUGGAAAGCAUUCUUGUGACGUUGGGACUCCUGUAGGGGACCCAACUUUGCCUAGACCCGAGCCAGCUAAAAUACAGACCAAAAAACCCAAGUCAAGAGGGGUUGGGGUUUAUACAGGCCCGGCAGGAGGACAAGAUGGGACCCCAAAGAAGAAAACUGUGAAGAAAUCUGUGGCCAGUGAAUCCACAGUCCCUCCUGUCCCCACACUGAAAGAACAGGGGGAUUCAGACCUGGGCCACCCAGGACCUAAGAAAAAAUUUAAAGCUCCCGAAAACAAGACUUCAGCCACCAACUUAUCUGAGGAGAAAGAAAUUAAAAUUGUGUCCAAGUGCCCUUCCCCCCCAGCUCAGCAUGGGGCUUGUCCAGUGGGAAAGGAAGGGCUUGGGCCCCAGGGGCCCCUGACACAGAAGGCGGCGAGUUUCCCUCCUGACGAUGACGAUGACGGAUCCAGUGACCUGGACCUGGAACAGCUCAUGGAAGUUAUUGGAGAACCGGAAGAGAGAGGGGAGAUGCAGCAGAGGGCCAGCUCAGAGGAGUUCCUGGCGGCCCUCUUUGAGGAGUAGAGUACUCUGGUCCCCCUGCUGUUGUCUGCCUCAGGGAGAGCCUCUUAGCCCUUCGGAGCAGCUGUUAAAUGUUGGGGUUGUUGACCUCCGUGGGUCACGUCAGAGCUGUGCAGCCUGUGUUAAUAAAGCAGGUCUCUGGAA